AUGGAUAGCAAGCGCAAGGCCGACGGUGGAAGCGCCGCGGACUCUGGCGACCGCUCUUCGAAGCGUCGCAAAGUUUCGGACUUUGACCUCACGAAAGGCGAGAGUAAGGAAUCCACUACCGCAUACGGACUUGCUUUCCUCGAACAGAUUCGCCGCACCUCUGAUAAAAGUGGCCGGCUGAUUGCAACCUACUUCGAGAAGCUAAUUCCCCGGCAAGGCAACGCCGACUACUACAAGAAGACCAAAAUGCCAAUCUCUCUGGAAAGCGUCGAAGAAAAACUCCAGAAUGGCGAGUUCAAGGACUUGGCUGAACUCGAGAGCUACUUUAAGCGCAUGAUUUCAAACGCCAAAGAAUUCUAUCCACGAUCAUCCUCCGUCUUUGACGAUGCAGAACGUGUGCGCAAGACUCUCAGCAACUACAUGACAAAGAACAACCCGGCGUAUGCAAAGAGAGGUUACCAGGCAUUUCCAACACCAUUGCCUGAGGAGGACGGCGAGGGCGGCGACGAUGAUGAUGAGCAGGAGGAGGAAGGCGGCGAGGAGGAAGAUGAAGAGGAAGCAGAGGAAGAGGAGGAGGGAGAAGAGGAAGAGGAAGAGGAGGAAGACGAAGGGCCACGCCGCAGGUCCAUCAUUCUUAAGAGACGAGAAGAGCCCGCCUCCUCCCGUGGACGACCUCGACGAUCCUCAGCUUAUCAAGCUAGCCCUAAACCUGCUACGCCAGCAAAGCCCGAAGGCCAUCAAUAUGAGGGUGUCCCCUACAAAGGACUUACGUUCCAGGAAGCGCAGGAAAAGAUUGUGGAGGAGCUGCUCAGGCAUCACGAGCCUGACUACGAGGAAGCCUACUUUGAGCCCUUUAUCAAUUUGCCUCCUCGUGCUCUGAGAGACUACUACAAAAUAGUCACUGAUCCUCUGUCACUCAAGAAGCUUCAGAAAAUCGUCAAGGGUGUUCAGGGUCGCGGUGAGCUGACUGGCAUUAGCGAGUUCAAGUCUUGGGCCGCUUUUGAAGAAAGAUCCAAACUGCUUUGGACAAACGCCUACUUUUACAAUGAAGAAGGCAGUGAAAUUUACUCUCUUGCACAGGAACUUGAGAAAAUGUUCUACGCACAGCUAAAGAAGGCCAAGGCUGCCGUUUCAGAUCCAGCGCCAUCAAAGAUCAAGCUCCGCGUCGGCGGCCAUGGUGGCAACGACACGCCUUCAAAUAAGAAAAUCACAAUCCACGUUGGCGGCCGUGGCAACGAGGAUUCGCCAGCCCCAGGCAUUGAGACGCCGACAACCAACGGCGAAGGUGCAAAUGGCGCCUCGACUCCCGUGGCGCAGGUCGAAGACGCAACGCCGACCAAUGCUCCCACACCAGGUCAGCUCCCUCCAGGCGCUCCGCGACCACCAGGACUAUCAGAGACGCCUGUUCCCGUGCCACCUCCUGCUCCCAACCCCGCCCAAAACAACGAAACAAGACGGCGUCGCGGUCCCAGUAAAGGCAUCACAGAUGCGCUCGUCUCUCGACUAAGCAUCCAGGCACAUCCGAUGCUGCAGCUCGCGCAGCCCAACCUGGGCUCCAUCUACCCCGACCCCAAGUACCUGCAGCAGUCUGGCGUCGUCAACGUGCCGCACCACUGCAACCGCGUCUUCGUCGUCACCGCGCUGCCAGACUUCCUGCACGAGCGCCACUACAGCCUCUGGACGCUCAUCAACAGGCUGCCCGUGAAACCGUACCCGCAGAUGCUCCCCGGCCAGCAGCCUGAGGAGCUUGCCUUUGAGGUUGGCCUGCACCCUGGCGUCAAUGUCGUCGAGGCCCACCUGAUCGCUGCCAUUCCCGGUGAGGAGCGCGUACCAGGUGGCCCCGAGUCCGAGUUGGAAGUCUUUACAGUAUACGUCAAUGUGAUGAAGAACUGA